UGAUUUUUAUGUAAUUAUCAGAAUUAUUUGAAAAUAUGACAAGAGAGGAAAUAAAUUCUUCAUGGGAAAAGAACUGGGUUAACAACAAAACUUUAUGGCAUUUAAAUUUUGUUAAUCCUUUUUUGCAAAAAUAUUUUCAUAUGUUGUCAAUUGAAGCCGGAAAGCGUAUUAUUGUUCCAUUAUGUGGAAAAACAAUGGAUUUGAUAUGGCUCUAUCAACAAGGUCUUGUUGUUGUUGGUGUAGAAUUUGCUUCAAUUCCAUGUACUCGAUUUUUCGAAGAUAAUUUCCUUAGCUACACUAUUGAAAAUCAUGGCAGUUAUAAUGUGUAUAAACACGAUGAGCGUCUUAUUAUAUAUCAAGGAGAUUUGUUUGAAUUCGAUGUGCAAAAUCUUGGUGGUUAUUUCGAUUUUUGGUGGGAUAGAGGGGGUCUUGUAGCUAUGGUUGUUAAAGAGCAGCAAAAGUAUGUUGACCAUUUAAGGUCGCUCAUGCAUCAAUCUAAAUUUUCUGCUUUAAUGGAAUCAUAUGAGUAUGAUUCUUCUUUAAGAGCAGGUGCACCCCCUCAGUCUAUAAAUAAGAAACAGUUGCAAGAUUUGUUUACAGAUUCUGUUAAGUUAGAAGAGUUAGAUAGAGUUUCUGAAGACGAUCUUCCUGAAAAUUACACUGCUAAACUUGGGUGUUCUUCAACCCUUGUAUUUUAUUUGAUAACUUUAAACUAAAAUGUUUUAGCAUAAA